AUGGCAGCAAGUAGGAAAAACAUUAUUGUCACGUUGUUUGCGCUGUUGCUUGGAUCUGCGGUGAUCCAGACAUGUGAGGGCUUGGGUCCGAUUCCCCAUCGGAAGUACUACGUGAGGGUGGAGAACGGGCUGAAAGGCCGCCCCCUGCAUGCCCAUCGCAAGUCCAGGGAUGACGACCUCGGGGAACGCGUCCUGCAACCUGGGGAUCAGUUCGAGUGGGGCUUCCACAUCAACCUAAUCGGGACAACUCUCUUCUUCUGUAACAUGUGGUACGAUUUAGGGCAGAAGUCAUUCGAAGUCUUCAAUUGUUUACAGGAUAAGUUCAUCUAUGAAUUCUGCGGGUACAAGAGGUGCCAUUGGAAGCCGAUGGAUGAUGGGAUUUACGUCUUCCAUGCAAAGACCGGGGGAUGGGACAAGAAGUAUUCCUGGGACAAGAAGUGA